UUAAUAAUUAAUUACAUGCAACAAAUCAUUAUGUGAUGACGUCACAGGCCACCAAAUUUGGUUGUCAUCGUGACGUCACAUGAUGACGUCAUCAAAUGGCAUCGUCGCUUGGUCAAAGAACUGCACACCAGAACCCAAGACAAGAAGAAGAAAGUGAACAGCGCUAAGGGCAAACAGGCACCCAAAGCCGGAGACCAGGGCAAAGAGAACUGUGGUCUGGCAAAACGUGCUCCAAGCAAGAAGACGUGGGUGGCUCCUAUCAGAGACAACGCUGUCCUCACAGAGAAGAAGGAAUUCGCCAAUGACAGCACUGUUGAGAGCCAAAUCGCUGAUGCAAGCAACCCUGAUGGCACUCACCGCCCCAGACGUGCUCAGAAGAGGAUGAACUAUGCAGAGUGCAACAGCAGUGAGGAAGAGUCGACGGACAAGCCAUCCUCUUCCUCAGAAAACUCUUCCAGUGAAUUCCGCUACCCCAGGCGCCAACGAAAAGAGGUGAACUACAUGGAAUGCGAAGAGGGACCGGACGACGACUACCUCUUUUGCGAUGACUGCAACAUGGACUACCCCGGUGACUGUCCCGUGCAUGGACCCCUGAUACAAGUCAAAGACACUCCAGUUCCCUUGGGUGACCCCCAGCGUGCCAACAAGACGGUGCCUGACGGCUUGUGUGUUGGCCGGUCAACCAUUAAGGGUGCCCAGUAUGGCGUGUUCACCCUAAAGCGACUGUCUAAGAGGCUCUGCUUUGGUCCAUAUGAGGGUGUCAGAGUUGGCAGCAGUGGUGCCAAUGGAUACACCUGGCAGAUCCGCCAUGGUGGCAAUGUGUACCUAGUGGAUGGCCGGCCUCUGGAUCGCUCCAACUGGAUGCGGUACGUGAACUGCGCACCCCAGCAAAGCCAGCAGAACCUGGUGGCGUUUGUGCGCCGGGGAGCCGUCCACUAUCGCACGAACCGGGUGAUAAAUGCCGGAGAGGAGCUGUUCGUGUGGUACGGGGAUGCAUUCGCCAAACAGCUCGGUCUGAUUAAAAACUCGGCCGUUCCCACGGCACGGAAUAAGCAAGGGGCCAAGGAGGAUGUGGCCACACCACAAGUGGUCUUCUCCUGCGAAGACUGUGGCGACAUGUUCUCCGUGCAAAAAGUGCUGGACUACCACCGGCGAUGCAAGCACCACCAAAGGCCUCAGGGAAAGCACAGAUGCGCCCACUGUCCCUAUUCCAGCAACAACAAGCAACAUGUGAUCAAACACGAGAGGAUCCACACGGGCGAGAGGCCAUUCGUCUGCCACGUCUGCCGCAGGGGCUUCACGCAACGAUCAGCCCUCAACAGCCACCUGCUUGUACACACGGCGGAGAGACCGUACGAGUGUCCAGACUGCGGCCAGCGGUUUACCCACUCGUCAACCAUGGAGCAACACCAAAGAGCACUGCACUCUGGUAACAGUGCUCGACCCUACGUGUGUUCCCAAUGUGGAAAGGGAUUCACGCGUAGUUAUUAUCUCAGCACACACCUGCUAAUCCACACGGGUGCAAAGCCGCACGCCUGCUCCGUCUGCGGGAUGAGGUUCACACGGCACAGUACUGCCAAGAGACACGAGAUCAUCGUGCAUGGUCGCCAGUACCCGCUUCACUGCCCGCACUGCGGCAAAGGGUGUUGGGACAUGAGAGAAAUGAGAAAGCACACGUUUGCUCGUCACUGUGACGACAACAAAGAAAACAGUGAAGCUUGAAGCAAAAAGCAGCCAUGAUGGAGAGUUGGACAACAAGAGAGACUUUGUGUGCAAGACCCGGAAUGUUGAAGAACCAAAGGAAACAACAAAACCCGGUUGACAUUUCUUGUAGAUUCUAAAUAAAAGCCAAACAACUAUA